AUGGCGAACCACCACCCAUCGCCCACGAUGAUGCAGAUGCAGCAUCAAGCGCCCCCUCCCGUGGCACCGCCUCAGAAUGUCCAGCCGAACCACUUCAACCCUUCGCACCAGAUUGCGGCCAUGAACGAGGCUGUCUGGUUGCAGAUUGGAAGCUUUUCUGAAUUGCUGCGCGUGCCUGACGAGGCCAUGCAUGCCUAUGAGCGCGCUCUGCAGGCCAAUCCGAACUCCACAGCCGCAAUGAACGCGAUUGGUAUGCUUCUCAAGGGCCGCGAGGCCUUCGACAAGGCUCUCGAGUUCUUCCGAGCCAUCGUCCAGCUCGACCAGAACAAUGGUGAAGCUUGGGGAAAUCUUGGCCACUGCUACUUGAUGACCGAGAAUUUACAAAAGGCAUACGACGCUUACCAGCAGGCGCUCGUCAACCUUAGAGAUCCCAAGGAUCCCAUGCUGUGGUAUGGCAUUGGCAUCUUGUACGAUCGCUACGGUAGCUAUGACUACGCUGAGGAGGCAUUCUCUCAGGUCAUGACUAUCCAACCCGACUUCGAAAAGGCCAACGAAAUCUACUUCCGACUGGGCAUAAUAUACAAGCAACAGUCGAAAUUCAACCAGAGCUUGGAUUGCUUCAAAUACAUUGUCAAUUCUCCUCCCGGGCCUCUUACCCAAGAAGACAUCUGGUUCCAGAUCGGACAUGUUCACGAGCAACAGAAAGAUUUUGACGGCGCCAAAUCCGCCUACCAGCGCGUACUGGAUCAGUCGCCCAACCACGCCAAAGUUCUACAGCAGUUGGGCUGGCUCUACCACCAACAGAGUCCAGCAUAUGAUUCCCAGGAACGGGGUAUUCAGUACCUGGAGAAGUCUGUUGCGGCAGACAACCAGGAUGCGCAAAGCUGGUAUCUCUUGGGCCGUUGCUACAUGUCGCAGCAAAAGUAUCCCAAAGCAUACGAGGCCUACCAACAGGCCGUGUACCGCGAUGGAAAGAAUCCCACCUUCUGGUGCUCGAUAGGCGUGCUGUACUAUCAAAUCAAUCAAUAUAGAGAUGCGCUUGAUGCGUACUCACGCGCUAUUCGCCUCAACCCAUACAUUUCUGAGGUUUGGUAUGACCUUGGCACUCUUUACGAGUCUUGCAACAACCAGAUUGCCGACGCACUGGACGCCUAUCAAAGGGCCGCAGAAUUGGAUCCGGGUAAUCCACACAUUAAAGCUCGCCUUCAGCUUCUUCGCUCCGGCGGCACAAAUGGCGGACCGCCACCUGCUGCUCCUCAGCCUGCCGAUAUGCAUCCCUCAACGUACCAGACGGGUCCCACAGGCCCCCCUCAAUGGGGAGGAUCUGCACAGCAGCAAUCCGCUGGCCCUCCUGCUGCCACUCAGGCGGCCGGUGAGAGCUGGGCUGGCAGGCUGUCUAACGUUAACCCGCCUCCCCAGCCGCCCAAUCCUUACGAGAGCAGGGGCGGCGAGCCUUUCCGUGGUCCAGCACCACCUCUUCGACAGCCCAGCCCUCCUCCGCAAGAGCAGCCGGCUCGUCAGCCAUAUCCCGAGCUUAAUAGGCCUGGUCCGUCGCGUCGUGGCCCGUCACCACCGCCCCAGAGUCACCAAUAUGCCCAGCCUCUUCCUCCGCCACCACCCCAGUCUCAACCUCCGGCUCCCGCGCCGGCUGAGCGACGUGUUGUCAAUCCUAACUGGGGUGGCUCGACGCCAUCGGCCUCGGCUCCGCCUCCCAAUAACCCAAACAAUGCUAACAACCCACCUCCGAAUGGAAUGACUCCGUUCCGGCCGGCCAGCAGCCCUCGCACUGCCGACGGCCGCCCUCCAAUUCAUGACAACCGCAUGCCAUCUCCCAAGUCGGCUUAUCCCCAACACCCGGCUCCUCCACCACCGCACUACCCUCAUCAUCCAGAGAUGCCACCUCAGAGUGCUCCUGAAAACAACGCACAGCCGCCGCCUCCCCCCCCUGCGGCGAUUUCUGAGCCUCCUGCCCAGCGUAUGGAAGAUCGGCCUUCGUCUGUAGGACCUAAGAGACAUCGCGAGUGGGAGGAGGAGUCUGUGGCUAAGAAGCCGGCUAACGAGGAGACUCGUGCACGACUGGGAGAUCUGGCACACCGCAGACCCUCUCCAACACCUCCCCGCGACGCAUAUCGUCGCAAUUCGUCUGAGGCUCGCCGUACAGAAGAACAACGUCGCCCCGAAGAGCCCAGGAGGUCCGAUGAACCACGUCACAAGACGGAGAACUAUCACCCGUCCGAGGCUGCUCAUCACACGCAAAGCCACAGUGUGAGCUCAAACCACCUGCCGCCGAUGCAGCCGGGAGCAGGUCCCAUGACUGGCGUCGUCCACGAAAAGCCCCAGCCCCCUGUUGUUCCCAAGGAAGAGCCCCGUGCCGAACAGGCGCCCCCAGCUCGCCCAGCUCCCCCGCCUGCUUCUGAACCCGAGCGUGCUGCUAGAAAAAUGGACGUGGAUGAGGAUUAUGAUGACAGCGGAGAGGACGAGAAGAAGGCAGUGGUCCUCACUAAUGGCUCUGGGCCCCCUGCAGCAUCAAGUGACUUGAAGGCUCCGGCCUCUUCUACCAGCAGCGUCAAUGUUGCUUCUGGCCCUGUGCCCAAAACCGAAUGAGAGGUGCCCAUCUAUACGUAUACCAAGAGAGGAUGGGGUUUAUGAGUCAGGUUUUUUACGUGGCGAUUUAUUUGGGUGUCCCUUUCCCCCUUCUUUUCUUUAUUAUAUAUCAUACUUUUCAUCCCAGUAUUACUACUUAGUUUUCUUAUGUUACGGGACGAUUUGACGGACGGCAAUGGGGGACAAAUCAUUGGUUUUGGCUAAAACAAACUGUCGCCAGGGAGCGUUUACCGUACCAUAGGUGUAGUCCAUUUUAAAUCUCAAUGACUUUUGACC